AUGAGGUUCGACCCAAUCUUUACGCCGUUCUUCCUUUUCCUUGGAACUCUUGGAAGUGUCGCCCCUCGAGGUGGCUACAAGGUCGCUCUGCCUUCCUGGACGGUCGAGAUCGUACCAGGGAGGACUGUUGUGCUUAAUGGCACCAUCCAACAGGUUCAAGCCCAACUGAAUAGGAUGAAUCUGAGUCGGACCGCACAUGUUCCAGAAACCGAUAAUAGCACUCUUCAUAGCCGCCAUGCUAGUGAAGGCACCUUUUCCUUCCCUGGCUACAUCCAGAGUUUCUGCAACGUCUUCCCGAAAGCCGACCCCAAAAAUCUGUUCUCCAGCAUUAGAAUGUUGAGAGAUGACGAUGCAAACAAAAAGGAGCCGACUUUGGGUCCUGGUCCCAACCUGUGCUCAAAAAUAAGCUGCCAGAAUUGGGCUGCAGUGUGGUGGUGCAACGAUAAUUCGACACCAAUGACGCUCAGCAGCGCAAAUAGCGUCGCCGACGGUGCCGACUAUAUCAUGGCAGAAUGUGGAGGGUCGAAAUCCGACUACAGCGGACAGGUAUUCCAUCCCACUGGUUGGAACGUGGUGCUCAGAUAUAGCAACUGUGAGGAUCCGAAAUAG